AUGACGAAUGCUUGGACUGAUACAAAGAGAAGAAGUGUAAUGAAUUUGUGUGUGAAUUCAACUUUAGGCACAGUUUUCCUUACUUCUAAAGAAUGUUCACUUGAUUCACACACAAGUGAAUAUAUUUAUGAGUUUGUUGAGCAUGGUAUUGAACAAGUUGGAGUUGAAAAUGUUGUUCAAGUUGUCACGGAUAAUGCCUCAAACAACAUGUACAAGAAAGUUCUUGAUCAAGCAAAGGCUUUAACGAUCUUUAUUUAUGCUCAUCACAAGACUUUGGCAAUGAUUAGAACUUUCACAAACAAGAGAGAUAUAGUGAGGCCCGAUGUGACUAGAUUUGCAUCUUCAUUCCUUACUUUGCAAAGUUUAGCCGAGAAGAAGAUUGAACUAAGGGCAAUGUUUUCUAGCAAUGAACGGGAGGCAUGUAAAUUUUCCAAGAUAGCUAAAGGGAAGGUAGCACACACAACCGUAACAAGUUUGGGAUUUUGGCAAGGUGUAACGGCAUGUUUGAAGGUUUUUGCACCAUUGGUGAGAGUACUUCGACUUGUUGAUUGUGAUAGCAAGCCAUCAAUGGGGUUUGUAUAUGGUGAGCUUAUGAGAGCAAAAGAGGAAAUCAAACAUGCUUUAUCUGAUGUCCCAAGGAACUAUAAAUCGAUUAUUGACAUUAUUGAAGAAAAAAUGAAAGACAGGCUUGACGCUCCUCUUCAUUUGAUGGCAUAUUUGUUGAAUCCUUAUUACCAUUAUAAGGAUUCACAACUUCAUUUGGACGAAGUUGUAGCUGUUGGAGUUGUUGAUUUUUGUGAUAUUCUAUUCGUCAAUGAUUUUGACAUGCAAAAUAAGAUUUUAAGUGAAGAAUUUCCAAAAUAUAAGAAGAAGGAGGGAAUGUUUGGAAGAAGUAUCGCAAUCAAAGCAUGUGAGGUGAAUGAUGACAACUUUAAUCCCGCAAAUUGGUGGUCAAACUUUGGUACCUCAACCCCUUUAUUGAGAAGAAUAGCUAUGAAGAUUCUUUCUUUAACAUCUAGUUCUUCGGGGUGUGAAAGAAAAUGGAGCACGUUUGAAGGGAUACAUACAAAGAAGAGAAAUAGACUUGAAUCAAAUCGUCUCAAAAAUUUAAUUUUUGUCCAAUAA